CUGCCAACGCGAGUGGGGGUUUCCCGCGCUUGCAUAGUCUGGGAAUGGGGUCCGAGGACAUAUCCUCGGUUGCGGCUGAGUCGCUGCUGUCCCGUUACGCCGGCGUUGCCAACUUGUCCGUGCAUCGAAGCGGGCGCGUGCUCUCUCAUAACGAUGUCGCUCUGUUGAAGGAAAACAUACCUCUCCUCGAGGAAGAGCUCUCUCGCGACUCAGAGUCUCCUGAAUCGUCUGCGCAGCUGUUCAAUGCCUCUGCCCUCACCGACCUUCUCGCCCUUCACAAAGCUCUGAUCUCCCCCGUUCGCCGUCUUUACACAGAGAUAUUGUCGGAGAUAUUCCUCCUCGCGAUACCUGAUGGCUGGCUGGAAGAGCUCUGCGGUACCGUCAUACAUCCGUGCACGCAGGUGUGCCACGUCUGGCGCGAGGUCGCUCUCGGGACACCAUCUCUGUGGAGCACGAUAUGCAUCAACAUCGAUAGCGGGGCGCUUGUCGAACUUUCAAAAGGCUUCUUUGUGUUGCUAGGAAGUCCGUCCGAGUCUGAGGUCGAGCUACCCAGCGAUGUGGAGGUGGAUUCGGAGGCAGAUGACGAGGGCAGCGGCGGAGACGCCUACGACGUCGCCGGGGAUGAUAAUGGUGGCUCUGCAGGAAGGGACGAGGGCCCGAGCGAUGAUGGUGUUCAUGAGAGCCCCGAAGAAACGGCACACGAUGACUUAGAAGCGUCUAGCGAAGUCGCGAGCCGCGAAGACGACGAUACCGCGGGACAGAGCAGUAGGAUGUGCGAGGAAGACGAGGAAGAGCCCGAUAAUUGGGAAUGGAUCACGAACAUCUAUCUCGAACGCUCUGCGCGGGUGCCGUUGACCAUCGAAUACCACGUCGGCAUGGAGUACUCCGGGCCCACCUUCUGGGAAGACGCCAGCUGGCUUCUGCUCCUCCAGCACCCAGAGCGGUGGAAGCACGUCACCAUUACGAGCCCUCUCAACCUCUUCAGACGAUUUGAGCCGCCGCCUCCGUUCGCGCUGCUAGAAUAUCUAGAACUUCGACUAUACGAACACGCAGACGAGGAGUCUCAGCCUCUUCAAUUCUUCUCUAACGCGCCAUGUCUUCGCAAUCUCAUUACGACGACGCAUACGCUCCCCUAUCACUACGCGGAUCCGAAGGACGUCCUUCCGCCUUCUUGGAAGAGUCUGGUCGAGGUCCGCAUGGGCGAGUAUCACUUUGACUAUGGCGACGAUGCCUGCACCAUAGCCAACACGAGCGUCAUCCACCAACAUUGCGCGGCAACCCUGCAGGAGUGCUCGAUAUGGGCGCACGAGCCGGCACAACGCUCAUACAGCCCGUCUUUGCACUCCAAGGACUAUCCCGUCCUCCGUGCACUGGAGAUGACCGACUUCGGCAUGGAGUUCUCCGAGCUCAUUCGGUCGGCACCCAAGCUCGAAUCCGUCAGGAUGCGGGCUGACCCGGGCUACUAUGGCCUCACACUGCACCAUCUCACGCAAAUGCUUUCGCGCAUGACCUGCGCCAAUCUCACCUCUCUGUUCCUCGUAUGCGUUCAGGCGAUGCCCCAGGAUGUUAUCGAAUGCCUGAAAGCCGCGCCCACCCUCGGCGAGCUCGACAUAAUGGAGUGGGAAACUUGCGAUUACGGCGGGUACGGGGACUACGAUAUGAUCAUCAGCGUCGAGGUUCUGCAUGCGCUGACGCGCUCAGACGAGCGACCCGCCUCGCUCAGUAUGCUGCCGAGCCUCGAACGCCUAGCAUUGAACGCCCCCGUCAUGCCUGAACUUCACAGCAGCGACGAGAGGCAGAUGGUGCAAGCCGUGCUGGACAUGGUCCAUUCUCGAGUGCGUCCUAGGGAGGCGGAAGGGCUACGGGCGCUGCAACAAUUCCAUAGCACAAUCAAGGCUAUCGAGCGGGUGACUGUCGAAUAUGUACGCCAGCACAAGAACGACGCCGAGCUCUAACAGCAUGAAAUUAAUGUGAACAAGUAGGUGCUGAUUAUAUACAUCGUUUCGGGUACUACCCAGGCCUUACCAUUCGCUACUUCAUCGUCACAGAAUUAGAGCAGGUUGCACAACGCCGGCAAUCACAGUUUCACGUACGACCUACUAAGCGUGGACCCACAGGUUCAAGAACUUGUUUGUUCGACUCGUAAUUCCCGCA